UUGCAAACACCAAAGAUGUGGAGCACAAUCAAGAAGAAAGAAAAGUGAGCGAAAGAUGAGUACGGAUGCGGGGAGAGUAUCAUUUUCGGCUUAAGAUGAUGGCCGAAGCCGUUUGGGUUUCAUGUAUGCAUACUUUCAUUUUGAUUGAAUUCGAUUCACUCCUUUCUUCUCUCCAUCAUAUUCAUUGUUCAUAUUACAAACAUGGUUCUUUCAUUCGUUCAAGAUGUUAUCAGCGGUAAGGCCAACAUGGCCAUCGGUUCUUUGCCAUUGACUUUGUUGUUGGCUGCCAUCCCACAUUGGCAUACAAUUUACAUCGCUGAAUCCAAGAAAGUUCAAGGUGGAUGGGCAAACGAGAACCCACGUGCAUGGGUUGCAAGAUUGAACUCCAAAGCUGCUUCAGGAAAGAAGUUGACCGAGACAGAAGAGUACAUCUUGCGUGGUCAAUCUGCACAACAAAACGGAUUUGAAUGGUUCCCAGUUUGGGCUGCUGCAGUUAUCCUUGGUACUCUUGCCAAAUUGCCAAAAGAGCAAAUGGACAGAUACACCGUGAUCCACAUUGCCGCACGUAUCAUUUACUACUACCUCUACUUGGCAAUGGGCAAGCGUGGCGGAAGUUAUUUGCGUACUGCAAUCUUCCAAGUCAGUAUCUUCCCUGCAGUUGCGAUCUUCUUCCAAUCCGCUCGCGCUUUAGCUUUGUGAUCAGUCUUGUACAAUUCAAUUCAGGAUUUACAAUGAGAUACUUUUAUUGGUACAAAGUUCA